CACCAGGGGCGUUUCCGGCUCCUCUCAGCGCCUCCGGCUGCCCCACAGAGGUUUCACUUUUGGGUCUGGGAAACUUCAGGCUGUGUGCGCGCUGGGCAACUCCGGGGCAGAGGCUUCCAAUUCUGGCCCGCGGGGCAGCCUGGCUUCGGCUUCGUGGACACAGGCACACGACAGUCACGGUUACUGGAGCAUGGCCUCGGCCUUUGAGAAGGUGGUCAGGAGCGUGGUCCGGGAGCUGGACCACAAGGACCUCACCCCUGUGGACAGCCUUUGGAGCUCCGCCAGCUUCCAGCCCUACAGCCUUUUGAGCAGGAAGCCCUUGAGUUCACGAUUCUGGAGACCACGCUACAAGUGUGUCAACUUAUCCAUCAGGGACAUCCUGGAACCCGAUGCGCCGGAGCCAGCGCUGGAGUGUGGCCGCACCUUCCAGUUCCAUGAUGCGAUGGACGGGCAGCUGCAGGGCAGCGUGAAGCUGGCAGCCCCAGGACAGGGCAGGCUCACAGGCGGGGCCGCAGUGUCCGGCAGCUCCAGCGCCUCGAUGGACCUGUGCACUCUGAGAGUGGCCCCCAACACCUGGGAAGCCAUGCACCACGAGAGGCGCCUGCGGCAGCCUGAACCCAAAACCCUGCAGCAGCUGCGGAGUCGGGGGGAUGACGUGUUUGUAGUGACCGAGGUGCUGCAGACACAGAAGGAGGUGGAGGUCACCCGAACGCACAAGCAGGAGGGCUCAGGCCAGUUUGCACUUCCGGGAGCCUUCUGCUUACAGGGCAAAGGCGAGGGCCACCUGAGCCAGAAGAAGACGGUCACCAUCCCCUCGGGCAGCACCCUUGCAUUUCGGGCGGCCCAGCUGGUUAUUGGCUCUGACUGGGACAUCCUCCUCUUCCCAGACAAGAAGCAAAGGACCUUCCUGUCGCUGCAGGCAGGCCGCAGGCCCUCCAGCACUGCAGACAGCCAUCCACAUUCGUGCUUCAGCUUAGCCUCCAUAAGGGCCCUCUCUGACUACUUCCAGUUCCGGCCGGAUGGGUCCAUGGAGCACUGGCUGGCAACCACUGACGACUACCAGGGCCUGCAGGCAGAGGUGAAGGCCUGGGCCAUGGGCCUGGAGGGCUUGUCCAAGGGGCUAUGUGGGCGGCUGCUGGGUGGCCUGGGGCAGGUGCUGCAGGACGAGCCGGCUCUGCAAGCCCUGGAGGACUCGCUGGAGCAAGGCCUGUGCGGCGGACAGGUGGAGCCUCGGGACGGCCCGGUGGGCGCCAUCCUUGAGUCCCUGGUGCUGCCCUCUGGACAGCUGGAAACGGAGCUCGCGGGCCCCGUCUUCUAUCUGCUGCAAGCACUAGCAGUGCUGAGUGAAGCCCAGCACGUGCUGCUGGCUGAGGUGCUGGAGACAGGGACCCUGUCAGGGACAUUUUGGCUGGUGGAGAGCCUUGUGGAGCAGAGCAGCCCGUGGCAGGAGCACCGGGCUGUGUCCCUGCCACCCGAGCGCCUGGGCAACAGCUGGGGCUCAGAGGCGCCCGCCUGGGCUCUGCUGGAGGCAUGCGGCUUGGAGCCCCAGGUGGGCACCCCCCAAGUGUGCUGGGAGCCUGGGGCCCGCGGCUGUGCAUGCGCACUUUAUGCCUGCCUGGCGCUGCUGCUCAGGCUGAGCCAGCUCUGCUAGUCUGUGGCCCGCCCGCCGCAGGCACAGCUCGCACCCACCGGCUGCCAGGAGCCACACCCAGCUGUGUGGGCGGCUCUCCACAAGACCUGGGGGGGUGGGGACAGCCAAUAAAUGUGACAGAUGACAAACACA